AUGGAUAUCGUAGCGGAUGCCUGCGAAGCCAACGUAGACGUGGAGUUCAAGCCAUCGCAUCCUCUAAAAGGAGUUCCCCAUGCCAGGAAAAGAAGGUCUAAGGAAAGGGGAGGUCUGUAUCUCCACAGCGAAGCCAGCAGUUCCAAUGUCACCGCAAACGAGAGACUCCUGAGACCGUGCAACUACUGUCGCGGAACGAGCCAUCGGCUGCGACACUGCGCGGAGUUCAAGAAGUUGCGGUACACCGAGCGCCUGAAGCUGGUAAACCGCGAAAAGCUGUGUCACGUGUGUCUCAACGAACACGGAGGCCAGUGCAAGUUCAAGAUCCGCUGCAACAUCGGCGAAUGCAGGGAGUUCCACAAUCCGCUGAUGCACCCAGUCGGAAACGUGGUCGGGAUGAGUGCGCAUAUCCGGACAAACUGGACGGUCAUGUUCCGCAUUAUUCCGGUACAACUUUACUGCGGUGGGAAGUCUGCUAAUGUGUUGGCGUUCCUGGACGAAGGUGAUCUGGUGGAGAAAAAGCUCGCCGAUCGCCUGGGCGCAGUCGGAGUACAAGAGCGUUUGACCAUUAGGUGGACCGGUAACGUCUCGAGAGUGGAGAACACGCGGAGGAUGAAUCUGAGGGCGUCGGGCACGAGUAACAGCGCCGGCGGUAAGAUGUUGCUGCAUACCGUCCACACAGUUGGAAAGUUGAUGCUGCCACAUCAGAAAUUGGACAGCGAAGAACUUGUUGCACAGUACAAGCAUAUGCGAGGGUUGCCGAUCGAGUCGUACGACGGACAGCCACAGUUGCUCAUUGGAGCGAACAAUAUCCACUCGUUUGCUCCCUUGGAGGCGAAGGUGGGCACCUCAAUGGAACCGAUCGCGGUUCGAACCAAACUCGGUUGGACAGUGUAUGGGCCAAGGCAAUCCACCACGGUUGCUGUAGGCAACUAUCUUGGUUACCAUCAGCAUAUCACCAACGACGACCUACACGAGUUGCUCAAAAGUCACUACGCGUUGGAAGAAUCGGUGGUGGCGAUACCGCAAGAAACAGCCGAAGAGAGACGUGCUCGAGAAAUAUUGGAGCGUACAACGAGACGAGUCGGAGAUCGCUUCGAAACUGGGUUGUUGUGGAAGAAUGAGGAUCCACGGUUCCCGGACAGCUUCCCAAUGGCCCUGCGAAGAAUGAAGCAGCUGGAGAACAAACUCGGCAAAAAUCCAGUGCUGCAUGAGAACGUUUGCCGACAAAUAGAGGAGUACCAGCAGAAAGGGUACGCACAUGGUACCCCUUCCGAUCAGACCUGGUAUCUGCCUCUCAACGUCGUUCAGAACCCGAAGAAGCCAGGAAAGAUCCGUCUCGUUUGGGACGCGGCAGCGACGGUGAGAGGUGUUAGUCUUAACUCUAAGUUGCUGUCAGGACCGGAUAUGCUCGUUCCACUGGUCGAAGUCCUCUCCGGUUUCCGCGAAUGGCGAAUUGCUUUCGGUGGCGACUUGAAGGAGAUGUUCCACCAACUACAGAUACGCCCCGAGGAUAAGCAGAAGCAGCGCGACAUUCGGGUCGACAAGUUCCCCAUGCUCGGCGCAGUUCGUGAAAAAUCGGAGGAGUUUGCUGCACAAUACCCGGAGGCAUCGGCGGCGAUUAUCCACCGUCAUUACGUCGACGACUAUUUCGACAGCGUCGACAAUGUGGAAGCGGCCAUUAAGCUGGCGAAGGACGUUAGAUUGGUCCACCUGAAAGCACGAUUCGAGAUCCGGAACUGGGUGUCGAAUUCGCCAACGUUUUUACGGAAUCUGGGGGAGGAAAAGCCGACAGUGCCGGUACACUUCUGCCGUGACAAGCAAACGCUGAAGGAAAGGGUUUUGGGAGUAAUCUGGGACCCUAAAGCUGAUGAGUUUUCAUUCUCGACAAUGCAUCAGGAAGAGUUGCAGCCGUACCUGCUGGAGGGAAAGCGACCGACAAAACGGCUUGUCGCAAGCUGUCAUCUCUGGCAUUCCAAUUGUGGAUGGGAUGACGAAAUCGACGAAAAAUCCUGGAUGUUGUGGCAGCGAUGGAUAAAUUUGUUGCCCGAGGUCGAAACUAUCCGGAUUCCCCGCUGUCAUCUCGGAGGCGCCAAGUCCGCCGAAGUCGACUCACUGGAAGUUCACAUCUUCACCGAUGCCAGCGAACACGCAUACGGCUGCGUAGCCUAUUUGCGAGCAGUAAUUGAAGGUGAGGUCCGCUGCAGCCUGAUGAUGUCCCGGGCCAAAGUGGCCCCGAUAAAGCGGCAGUCGAUUCCCCGUUUGGAGCUGAUGGGUGCCGUUCUGGGGGCGCGUUUGAGCCAAACAAUUCUGAGCACGCACUCGUACCAUCGCUACCAGCAAUUCGUUGCAUUUCGAGUCGGCGAGAUUCAGGAGCUGACGAAGGUUGCGGACUGCUGGGCGAAGCUACUGCGAGUGGCAGCGACCGUGGUACGCUUCAUCGCCAACUGUCGGCGAAAGAUACGAGGGGAGCCGGUAGUUACUGCACAGGCUACAGCAAAGCAGCAGCAGCUGAUGAAAACGAUGGCGGCAAACUACGAAUCCGUCAAAGCGCCUCUUCGGCGCGAAGAGCUCCAGCAGGCGGAGACAAUCUUGUGGCGGCAGGCUCAGUGGGAUAGCUUUCCGGACGAGAUGAGCACGCUGACCAACAAUUUGAAACAACGGCCGGGAGCGCGGAUGGAAACCAUCAAGAAAAGUAGCCAAAUCCAGAAAAGCUCACCGACAUUAGACGACGAAGGAGUAUUGCGCAUGGAUGGGAGGCUGGAAAAUUGUGCGGAAAGUUCCUUCGACAAACGACACCCGAUAAUCCUGCCGCGUUCUCACGCGAUAACGCAGAAGUUGAUACAGCACUACCACGAGCAGUUCGGACACGGUAAUUCGAAGACUGUAUUCAACGAGAUGAGGCAGCGAUUUCAGAUCCCGAAAAUGCGUCCGGCGAUACAGCAAGUGGUGAGCAAGUGCAUCUGGUGCAAGGUCAACAAGUGUCGUCCACGAACACCGAGAAUGGCGCCACUACCAGUUGAACAGGUCACUUCUCACCUUCGGCCUUUCAGCUCCGUAGGGUUAGAUUACCUGGGUCCGGUGGAAGUCACGGUUGGUCGGCGAAGGGAAAAACGUUGGGUGGCUGUUUUCACCUGUUUGGCUGUACGUGCGGUGCACUUGGAGGUUGUGCACAGUCUCACAACCGAGUCGUGUCGGAUGGCCAUCACUCGUUUCCGGAGCAAGUUUGGCAAGCCAAGCCAGAUCUUUUCUGACAACGCCACUUGCUUUCGCGGAGCGAAUAACGAGAUGGUAAAUUGA